AUGAGUAAAUCGCUUCCAUUAAAUUCAAGAGCCAAAACUACCGCAUUAAAACAACCACGUGAAUUAUUUACAUAUUCACGAGAUAUAGAAGGGAAUUAUCAUUAUGAAAAUGCAGAAAGGGAAGCAAUGUCAUAUUAUUAUUUACCUGAUUCAUAUAUAGAUUAUGGAAUUGAUUUACAAUCAGGAUAUUCUAAAUUUAAACAAAUUCCAGAAGAAGCAAACACUAAAAGUUUUAAAUAUUUAUUAAAAGCUAUACAAAAUUAUGAAAUUAAACAAAAUAAAAAAAUCACAAGUGAUAUAAUUACAUUUAGAGGAAUUAUGACUAGAAUAAUGAAUAUACCUUAUAAUUUAACUGAUCCAUUAGAUCUUUAUAUUGUUGUAUUUGAUGGACAAAUUUUUAUUGAUUUUGAUAAUGAAUUAGAAAUGAAUCGUAAAAUUGAACAAGAACAAAGAUUAAAACAAACAAAUACACCUGAAAAAUAUGAAUAUAUUAAAAAAUGUCAAUAUUCAGGUUAUAAAUUUGAAACUAUUUCAACUAUUUCAAAACCUUGGAGUGAAGUUAGUAGAUCAACUAUUGAAUCACGUAAUAAGAAAGUAGUUAAUAAUUAUGAACAAUAUCUUUCUGUUAUUAGAACAGGAAUUGGACAAGUUAAAUUAACAUUAGCUGGAGAAAUUGAUUGUUGUUGGGAUUAUUUACCUGAUGAUGGUAAUGGUAAUGGUAAUAAAGAAUCAACUAAAAAUUUAAAUCAUUAUGUUGAAUUGAAAACAAGUAGAAUUAUUGAAAAUAAUAUUCAAUUAAUAAAUUUUGAAAAAAAAUUAUUUAAAACUUGGUGUCAAUGUUUUUUAAUGGGAGUUGGUAAAAUAAUUUAUGGAUUUAGAGAUGAUAAUUUAUUCUUAAAAAAUGUUGAAAUUUAUAAUACUGAAGAAAUCCCAAUAUUAAUUAAAAAUAAUCCUUUAACUGAUCCAAAUCCAAAAACUGGCGAAUCUUCAAAAAUCGGUAAGAAAAUCAAUUGUACAAAUGCUUUAAAAUGGUAUGGUGCUGUUGUUGAAUGGUUAAAUGAUUCAAUUGAUAAAAAUAAUGAAAAUAAAAGUUAUCGUUUAAAAUAUGAUCCUGUUAGAAAAUCUUUUACACUUGAUGAAACAAAUGAUGAAAUUAAUUCAAAAUUAAGAAAUGGUGAUUUAUUAACUAAUGAAUUUGUUGAAUGGAGACAAAGUUUAAAUAAGUAA